AUGUCUGAUCAGAGCACUAGAGGUCGUCAGCCAGGAGCUGUUAAUCAACGUCUUUGGGGGGAAAACUCGCGAGCAAAGGGUAAUGACGGGUAUAAUUCACUGCCAGUGAGGAUAAGUGGAUCGCUGACUGCAGAGCAGAUGUGUGCAUACCAAACUAUGUUCAGGAUCCAGGAAAUUACCUCUACAUUACGUUCUAAUGAUUUAAAUCCUCCCGAACGUAACAAUAGAUCACCGUCACCUGCACCGGCGUACGAUGCAAGAGGAAAGAGAAUUAAUACUCGAGAACAGCUUUACAGAAGAAAAUUGGAGGAAGAGAGGCAUAGACUUGUUGAAAUUGCACUCAAGAUGAUCCCUCACUUCGUAGCUCCGGAGGACUAUAAGAGACCUGUAAAAUUUCAGGACAAAUAUUAUAUACCGGUCGACACUUAUCCUGGGAUAAACUUCGUGGGUCUCUUACUGGGACCUCGUGGUAAUACUCUGAGAAAGCUACAGGAGACUUCAGGUUGCAAGAUUGCCAUAAGAGGAAGGGGGUCUGUUAAAGAAGGUAAAAAUGCCAAUGAUCUGCCCAGAGGAGCGAUGAACUUUUCGGACCCACUACACUGCCUAAUCAUAGCUGACACAGAAGAUAAGAUUCAGAAGGGCAUUAAAGUAUGCGAGAACAUUGUCGUCAAAGCUGUAACUUCACCGGAAGGUCAAAAUGACUUGAAGAGGGGACAGCUGAGGGAGUUAGCAGAAUUGAACGGUACACUUAGAGAAGAUAAUAGACCGUGCCCCAUUUGUGGGCUGCAAGGUCAUAAAAAAUAUGAAUGCCCAAAUAUGGAGACAUUCGCACAUAAAGUCAUAUGCAUGAGAUGUGGACAACAUGGUCAUGCCACCAUUGAUUGUCGCACACCAAUACAGGGCCAAUCUGUUCAAGAGUCAAGAUAUAGUCGUUAUGAUGGAGAUGGAAACGCUGUAUAUGCGCAGUCUUGGCGGGAAAACCUACCAAGCAGCGAUUAUCAACAAACUGCAGUCACUUCUUACCGGUCCCGCCAAAAUCGUGAUUCAUAUAAUUCGACGCCGGACAUGCAAGAUAAGGGAGCCAUCCAACCAGGAGUCUCUCAAAAUAUGACACAAGCUAUCCCACAAGGCGGCUCACAAUCCGUUCUGUCAAAUGCCACUUUUACACAAGGUACAGGACAGUCGAGAGAGGAGCCGGAACGCAGGCUAACAAGCCCACCUGGCUUAGAUUCGAGCAUGGCGGCGCUCAGUGGCUCCGCUUGGGGUAUACCUGGCAUACCAGGUAUGUCCUCACAGACAGGAAUGGAGCCUGGAACAGUGCCGUCCACCGCAAAUUUACCGCCGGGAAUGGAUGCGACACCUGGAAUUGGCUUUCCCGGCGACGAUACUUCGCUUCUUCCACCAGGAUUAGGUGGACCACCUGGACUUUCAGCGCCCGAUGAAACAUCACAGGAAAGUAAGAGAUUAGACGGACCUCCAGGCUUGUAA